CCCUAUUUUUACCAUUCACAAACUUCCACCUACUUUGUCAUCAAUCUAGAACAAAUCUUGGAACAAAAAUGGCGACACCGGGAGCAUACCAAGAACACCUCCCGGCAGUUCCCGAUUGGCUCAACAAAGGCGACAACGCAUGGCAAAUGACAGCAUCUGCCCUCGUCGGACUCCAAAGCAUGCCGGGGCUCGUCAUCCUCUACGCCUCCGUCGUCAAAAAGAAAUGGGCGGUCAACUCCGCCUUCAUGGCCCUUUACGCCUUCGCCGCCGUCCUCAUUUGCUGGGUCUUACUUUGCUACCGGAUGGCUUUCGGCGAUGAACUCCUUCCUUUCUGGGGGAAGGGUGCACCGGCGUUGGGUCAGAAGUAUCUCGCCCGUCAAGCCGUCCUGCCUGAGACCAUUCACUAUUACAGCGACGGCAGAGUUGAAUCUCCGGCGACCAGGCCGUUUUAUCCGAUGGCUACGAUGGUGUAUUUUCAGUUCACUUUUGCUGCUAUUACGAUGAUUCUGCUGGCUGGAUCUGUGCUUGGGAGGAUGAAUAUCAGGGCUUGGAUGGCUUUCGUUCCUCUGUGGUUGGUGUUUUCAUACACCGUCGGAGCAUUUAGUCUGUGGGGUGGUGGUUUUCUGUAUCAUUGGGGUGUUAUUGACUACUCCGGCGGCUAUGUUAUUCAUCUGUCAUCAGGGAUCGCCGGUUUCACUGCUGCCUACUGGGUUGGACCAAGGUUAAAAAGUGAUAGGGAAAGGUUCCCUCCAAACAACGUAUUGCUGAUGCUCGCCGGAGCCGGAUUACUAUGGAUGGGGUGGUCUGGUUUCAACGGCGGAGCACCAUACGCAGCUAACGUUCCUGCUUCGGUGGCGGUGUUAAACACAAACAUAUCCGCCGCCACAAGUCUUCUGGUUUGGACGACUCUCGAUGUGGUUUUCUUUGGAAAACCAUCGGUGAUUGGGGCUGUUCAGGGUAUGAUGACAGGCCUAGCCUGCAUUACUCCGGGAGCAGGGGUGGUGCAAUCAUGGGCGGCGAUAGUCAUGGGGAUACUUUCCGGCAGCAUUCCAUGGUUUACGAUGAUGAUCCUUCACAAAAAAUCAAUUUUGCUUCAAAAGGUGGAUGACACCCUAGGUGUGUUUCACACACAUGCAGUAGCAGGUCUCUUGGGUGGUCUAUUGACCGGUCUACUUGCUGAGCCGACCCUAUGCAACAUGGUUUUACCGGUUACCGGUUCAAGAGGUGCAUUUUAUGGUAAAAACGGUGGCAAACAAUUCCUAAAACAACUAGUUGCAGCCUUAUUUGUGAUCGGAUGGAACCUCGUAUCCACAACAAUUAUUCUUCUAUUUAUCAGAAUUUUCAUGCCAUUAAGGAUGCCUGAAAACGAGUUGAUGAUCGGUGAUGAUGCUGUUCAUGGAGAAGAAGCGUAUGCAUUGUGGGGUGAUGGUGAAAAAUAUGAUCCAAAUAGACAUGGCUCUAUUUUUGGAGCAGCUGAGCUAACGCCAAAUGAUCAUAAUUAUAACCAUACCACAGCUAGAGGCGUUACCAUUAAUUUGUAGAUUCAUCAUUCAUUGUUUGUUCAGUUCCCACAUAAUUAAUAGCCUUCAAAUUCAUAUUUAAUACGAGUGUCUAUGUGGACACAUUUGAUUUACCACCACAUAUUGUGAGAAACAUAUUCCCAUCAAUGUUGUUGUGUAUAUACUAUAUAGUGAUGGCUUAAAUAUGACAGUAGGGUGUGCAUUAAAACUUAAAAGUUGUUUACAUGUUGAAGAGUGUACGAUUAUUGUUUUCUUUUUGCAAUAGAAAACUGUUUUUCCAUUA